CCCGACGCAGCCCGACUUAUAUCCAAACGUAUGCCGCGCAUCGCUCGCCUCGUCGCCGUCGCCGGCCUCGCCCUGGUUGGCUCUGCGCCCGUCCCGGAGGAGCAGCCCAUCGCCGCUGCCGCUGCCGUCCAAGCUGCCGCCACAGCCGCUCCUGACGAGAAGAUCUUCCCCAUCGCCGCCGCCGGCAUCGCCAUCGCCUCGCAGCUUCCCGAAGAGCAGCAGCAGGCCAUCCUCGACUUUAUCGACCCGGCUAAGGUCAACCCGGAGACCGUGUCGGACCUGAUCUCGCUCGUCACUCCAACGGAAGCGGAGAGCGACAUCCGCGACGCUGUCAACGACCUCCACGGCCUGCUCGUUCUCAUGCACAGCCAUGGCUUCGUCGCCCCGGGCGAGGGAGCGUGGGCGGCCGGCCUCGCCGACACGCUCACCCAGUCUGUGAAAUGGUUCGAGGAUCACGUCGAGACGCACGUCGAGAGCGAGCUCAUCAAACCCGCAGAGGCUGCCCUCGCUGACGCCGGGCUCGAGGUCGAGCUCACAGGCAUUGUGCCGGCCGUCAAGGACCAGUUCAAAAUGCUCACCGAGCUGCUCCUAACCGCCUCGACGCUCCUGAAGGGCGAGCUUCCGACGCACGAGCAGGUCAGCGCGCUCAUCAUCUCGUCAGGCUUCGUGCCUGACGAGGCGACCAAGGACAUCAAGGAGGCGGUGGAGGACCUGCACGAGCUGCUGACCGAGCUGGUGUCCAGCGGCUUCGUGCCUCCGGGUGACGGGGCCUGGGCGGCGGGCCUGUCCGACGCCAUCACCAAGGGGCUGGACUGGGUUCGACACCCACGUCAAGGACGAGCUCACCGAGCAGCUCAUCGACCCCGCCUCGGCGGAGCUCGAGCUCGACCUUUCCGGCCUCGUCCCCGCGAUCGAGUCGCAGUUCGCCACGAUUGCAGAGAUGCUCUCUGCCUUUGCGAGCAUGGCCGCGCCGGCAGCGGACCCGCAGGCGUGAGGAGCGCGAAUGCGCGCCGCCUCUCUUGGCACGACGAACGUAUUUGCCUUCAAGCUUGCCACCGAGCUGACGAGCGAGUAGGCUGGGGACGUGGCCUGAGUGGCGUAGUGCCGUACGCUCACUCGGGAUGUGUGGCAGCCCAGCUGGUGCCAGUUGUGGUCGUGGUGGCCAGCGAACUUGAAAAGCUAUGAGUGCAUGACUCGAGCGUGUGGCCGGUCCAGUCGGUGUUUAAAGUGGCCCUUUGCAUGUGUACAGUACUCCUUAGUUGUCGGUCUAAAGACAC